CUGAUGCAACGAGAUACUUUCAGUGAAGUUUAAAUACUGUGUGUGCGUGAUUUCAGCUGUUCUAAGAACCCCGGUGCUUGGGGAACCGCUGGUCGGACAGAGCACCUCCACGGCGCACCACACGAAGCAAAGUCGUCGGAUCAUUUCUUCUUCUUUUUUUAUUUCGACUUGAUUUUUAAUCUAUUUAAAUUAUUAAUCUCACAAGCAAUGUGUAUUUUCCCUUUUUGACAAGAUAGACACUUUGACGUCCAGGCCCCAACGUUCUAUGAACAUCAUCUAAUUUCCUGAUCAACAUUUAAAAAAAAAAAACUGAAGAUGACCACAAAGUGAGUGCUGCAAGUUUUUGGUGGGUGCUCUGUGCCUCAGUCUGUAAUGCCAUCGAUGCCUGUAGACCUGGCCAUGCGUCUGUGUCUCAGCCAGAGUCUGCCCCUCUGCCAGCUCCUGGGGGUGUCUUCACUCAAGCCCCUGCGGCCCUGCAUCCAGCCCUGCUUGCCCGAGACGCAGACGCCGCACACCCACCCCAUGCCCUGCUCUUCAGACUGUACCCUGUUGCAGACCGGCAUCAGCGGCGACGGCACCAGCACAAAGAAGAAGCGCGUGGUGUUCGCCGACUCUAAGGGGCUUUCGCUCACAGCCGUGCGCGUGUUCUCUGAUCGGGAGGAGCCCCCGCCCCCCGAGCCCUCGUUCAACCUGCGUGUUUUGCGGAGGCUAGUGUCAGACAGGAAGGCUCCGAGCACGAGGAAGGCACAGCCGCGGCUGGGGUUCCAGCAGCCUCUGGCCGACUUCCAGUCCUUCCGCACCCGGCUGCAGGAGGCCCUGGUGCUCCUGGAGAGCUGCACCGUGACAGAGCGCGCCCUCAGCGGCAUCGUCCAGGUGAAGAACGUCAGCUUCCAGAAGGCCGUGCAUGUGCGCAUCACCUUUGACUCGUGGCACAGCCACAUCGACGUGCCCUGCACCUUCCUGCAGCAGAGCUAUGGCGGCUCGGACACUGACGUCUUCGCCUUCGACAUCCCCCUCCCCAAGCACCUGGACCCCCGGGAGCGGGUGGAGUUCUGCGUGUCCUACCUCCCGGGAGGCCAGAGCACCACUCUGUGGGACAACAACAAGGGACAGAACUACAGCAUCAUCUGCCCUGAAUCUAAACCCCAAUCCUCCCAUCCUAGCUCAUCUAAAGUCUGGGGGGUCUGUGGGCAAGCCAGUCUCAGAACAAAGGGCAUGUCCUGAAUGAUGCAAUGCCCCUUCCUUCACCCCACUCCUGUGAGAUAUUGAUUAACCACAGCUGGGGAAGAUUGUAAAACAUCUCCCCUUUCUAGUGACAGUGAUGCCCACUGAUAUCUGGCAACAAUUAUAGCUGGAAUGUUUUCACCCUUUGCCCCUCCCCAAAUAUCUCAAAUGACUGUUUUCAAGUUCACCUGAGGCCAGUAGCCUUGUCUCAUUAGUACUUCAUUCCUUUGUGACCAGCAGUCCUUCACUGGCCCCAAGACUUUUAAACUUUGUCCUGCCGUGAGGACUUCAGAAGCAAACUGAUAAGAAAAUGGUCAUGACAGAUGGAACCGUAUAACCUGACCUGAAAAUAAACAGUCCUUCUCCUUUUUAUGCUGAGCACCUAACCAAGACAAUUAACUUUAUUGUACUUCAACUAAAUUCACUGACCAAUUAAGCUGCAAAAUGUUUGCCAAAUGUGAUAAUUGCACAAUAUUGCGCUUGCUCAAAGUUUUGCUCUUUUGGGGGAAGUUAUAUGAUGCACUUCAACUGUAGAAGCUCACCUGGGUUGGUUUUUUUUUUUUUUUUUUUUGUAAAUAAACUCAAGUGACUCUAGUCAUUUCUGAA